AUGCAUUCUUCCAAUCUUGCACCUGCUGUCCUAGCAGCGUCCCUCGUGGGAUUCGCAUCCGCGAAUUCUCCGAACUUGAAUCUCUUCGCCUACGGCAAUCAAGGUCCUUUGCUUGGCACGUCUUUCGGCAUCCCCGGCACGAAUGCAACCUUUGACUACGUCGUUGUUGGCGGAGGCAAUGCCGGACUGACGAUUGCAAGCCGUCUGUCCGAGAACAGGACAGUGAGCGUUGCAGUCAUUGAGGCGGGCGGCUUCUAUGAGGUCGACAAUGGCAAUUACUCGAUCGUGCCUGGGUAUUCAAGCUAUUAUACAGGCUCAGACACAACCGACUAUCAACCCCUCAUUGACUGGGGAUUCAACACCCAGCCUCAGCCUGGAUCAGGAGGCCGGGUCUUGCAUUAUGCCCGAGGCAAGACCUUGGGCGGUUCCUCUGCCAGGAACUACAUGCUCUAUCACCGGCCGACAACUGACAGCAUGCAGCGUUGGGCUGAUGAGGUAGACGACCAGAGCUAUAGUUUCGAGAACUUGCUCCCUUACUUCAAAAAGUCUGUUCAUUACACGCCUCCCAACCAGGAGCUUCACAGUAACUCUACGAACAGCCAAACGCCAGAUGCGUUCAGUGACGCAGGCGGGCCGCUAGAGGUAUCAUUCAGCAACGCCGUGCAUGCCUUUGGAACAUGGUGCCAGAAGGCGUUUAUCGCUCUCGGAAUGAAGCAAAUCGAUGGAUUCAACAGUGGCGAGCUACUGGGCUCGGCCUUUGCGACGUUCACUAUCGAUCCGCGAAAUGCGCAUCGCUCCAGCUCCGAGUCCAGCUUUUUGCAGACCAUGCUGGCAAAAGGUGUCGGGCCAAUGGUGUACAAGAAUACCAUGGCGCAAAAGAUAUUAUUCGAUUCCAGCAAUAAGCAUGCAACCGGAGUCCAAGUAUCAACAGCAGGCACCUUUGGCACGCCGUCCGUCAACUUCACACUCCACGCUCGAAAUGAAGUCAUUAUAUCAGCCGGCGCUUUCCAGUCCCCUCAGCUACUGAUGGUUUCAGGUAUUGGACCCUGUGACCACCUACGCGAAUUUGACAUUCCUUGCGUCAAGGACCUCCCCGGUGUGGGCCAGAACAUGCAAGACCACCCAAUCUUCGGUACUGCACACCGCGUGAACGUCCUCACAGCCUCAGCCUCGGCCAACAAUGCAACUGCUGCAGCGCUUAGUGCGAAGCAAUACAUCGGAAACGCAACAGGAGCCCUGACCAUCUUUGGACCAGGCUACUAUGGCUGGGAGAAGUUACCUAGUUCAUUCCGUGCCAAUCUCACGCAAGAGUCUCGACAAGCUCUCUCAACCUUCCCAUCAGACUGGCCGGAGCUGGAAUGGUUGCCUAUCGGUGCAUUCAACGGAUAUAAUCUCAACAAAGUGACAGCCGAUCCGAAGGAUGGUCACCAAUACGCCACUCUCAGCGGAGCUUUGAUUGCGCCUCUAUCGCGUGGCUCCGUCCGCCUCGAUGGUCCCAGCAUGAACACCUUGCCGUUGAUCGAUCCGCAAUUCUUUGCAGAUCCCACCGAUGUAGAUCUGGCUAUUCAGGGCUUCAAGCGGCAGCGACAGAUUUGGGCGGAGUUGGCGAAGCUAGGCGUUGCUGAGCAUGAGGAGUAUUUCCCAGGGUUUAAUGUUUCGACUGAUGCUCAGAUUUGGGAAUUUAUUCAGAAGAGUAUGACUACUGUGUACCAUGCAUCGGCAACGUGCAAGAUGGGACGCACGAAUGACUCUAUGGCUGUGGUUGAUAGCCAUGCCAAUGUCAUUGGUAUGCAGGGAUUGAGGGUUGUCGAUGCCAGCAGUUUCCCAUUCCUGCCGCCAGGUCAUCCCCAGUCUAUUGUUUAUGCCUUUGCGGAGAAGAUUGCAGAUGAGAUAUUGGGCUCUCUUUAG